AUGUCGGGAGCAGCUGGUCUGCCAUCUCAGCGUGCUUCUGCCUCAUUCUGGCACACCGAGCCUAAACUGCUCGGCCAUCGCACAACUCAAGACUUGCCUCAACACGCCGAUAUUGUGGUCAUUGGAAGUGGCAUCAGUGGGGCCAGUGUGGUACAUCAUCUUCUCGAGAAUCUGAACAAUGGAGGAGUUGAGAAGAAGAGUGUGCUUGUUCUGGAAGCAAGAGAGAUCUGCUGGGGUGCGACUGGAAGGUAA